AUGCGCAUGAGUCUCGCUGACAUGAUGCGCAUGGCCAAAGCGUUCAAGGACUCUGAAGAGAACACUCCACCGUCAGCAGAAGAGGAAACGGACACAAUCUACUACCUGAAAACUUCCACCCCUCACUUGUACGACAUAAGCAUGUCGGGUCCAUACAAGAUGCUUCCCCAGCUCUUCCUCCAAGCCGCCCAUAACUUUGGCCCGGAGUGUCGACCCGGAAUCGAUACUCUCAACGACUUCGUCAUAGACGAAGAGCAUUUCGUUCCAUUCCAACAUAUCUCCUCCCCGAUCAACGGCAACCCAAAUCUCGUUCGCAGAGUUCAGCUCAUCCGCAGAACCAAUGCUCAAAUCGCUGAGAAGCUUCCUUGCCCCGUGUGGAAUGUUGUCUACGCGCAGCCACGCCUAGAGGGCCCACAGCAAGUCUCGCUGGGCAUUGUGCCAAUGAGGACUUUAGAUAUACUUGAUAGCUUUGAGAGCAAGAAUGAGGCGAACGCUGCAGCGAGACAGAAAAUGAGCGAGUUACUCGUAAAAGAAGGACAAGCUCGCCACAGGUCUGUGGAGAUGCCGAUGCCUGGGGGGACCUUUGGCGGGGCAAUUGUGGUGAAGGACACGUUGGCGAUCAAGUGGACCAUUGAGGUCAAGAAAGAUUCUGGAGGCGUGGAGUUUUAUGAGCAGUUGGAAACUUCUCGCGUAUCUCAGUGA